AUGCACUUCAUGGUGCUCAUCAGCGGAUUCUUCACUCCCAUCCGGUAUGCGCUUCUGGAUCCGAAGGAUGAAGUUGCCUUCUGGAUCGACUCUUUCCUCGAUGUCAUCUUUGCCUUGGACAUUGUGAUGACCUUCAACCUGGCGAUCGCAAAGCCGAGCGGGUUGAUCACCUCGAGGAUAGAGAUUGCGAAGCGAUACUGGUGGAGUGGUCGGCUUGUUUUGGACGUGCUGGCUACUUUUCCUGUGGAUACCGUUGUGGAGAUGGUCACUGGCGUGAGCCGACUCACAGUUGGCCUUGGCCUUCUCCGCUUGGUGAGGCUGUACCGGCUCUUGGUGAUGUUCCGGGAGAUGCAGCAGAGCGACAAGACGAACCUCAUCGUGAUCAUGCUCUCGAAGUUCGUCACUUGCAUUCUGCUGUCAACGCACCUCUCUGCUUGCCUCUUUUGGGGUCUGGCUCGGGAUGACGGCUUUGUGGAGAACACGUGGGUCGCUCAAGGGGCCCCCCAUCUCCCGGGCCAGCAGUGGGCCCAACGUUACAUCACAUCCCUUUUCUGGGCCGUGGGGACUUUCAAGGCAGGCCCCAGCGCAGGAGACCUGGUGCCGACCAGCGACCUGGAGAAGAUGCUCGCUUGUGUAGUCAUGAUGUGCAACAUCUGCCUUCAGACCUACCUGGUCUCCAAUCUCUCGGCUUUGCUCACACGCGCCGAUGUCGGGAUAUACACCAUGCGCCACGCGGCUGCUUUAGAAGGCUUCUUGAUGCAGGGCCGGCUUUGCCGGGAGGUUGCAGCAGAUUACUGGCCGACCCAGGCGAGCCCUCAUGGGAGUGUUGCAAAGGUUAGCGAGGUUGUGGAGGGCAAAGAGCUCCGGCAGCUGGGCGUCUUCUGCAAGACCUUCAACCUCCCGGGCACGUUGAAGGAUCAGCUGCAGGGCUACGUUCGCUUCAAGUUCAGCACUGACCAGGAGCUGGAGUCGAGCGUGAUGGCCAUGCUUCCCGAGCUCUACAGGGCACGGAUCAGUUCGCUUCUUUACUCCAAGCUCAUCCGGGAAGUCGACCUGUUUUCGCAUUGCGCAAAGCGCUGCCUCUCGCAGCUGCAUGCCCAGCUCGUCUCCAACUUGUACAUGGCAGGACAUCACCUGGUCUAUGUUGAGGAGUCCAGCAGCAACUUGUACCUCAUCUCGGACGGCGAGGUCCUUCUGUCGCAUCGCGGGGUGAUGAUCGAGACCCGGAGGAUGCACGAGACUUUCUCUGAGUUUGCCUUCCUCUGUCGUCUGCCUGAGCCCUUCGAUGUGAGCAGCAAAACGCUUUGCCGCAUUUUGAGCCUCAGCAAUCACGCCUGGGAAUCGGCGGUCUCCAACUUCCCAGCGGACGGAUCGCAGGUGAUGGAGAACUUAAUCAAGCAGACCAGGAGAAAGAGAGACGAGUUCCCCAAGAACUCCAAGGGCUACCAGCUCUAUCGAGUCAUUCUUCGAGAUGCUCAGAGCCAUCGGAUGCACAGCAGGGACCUGACAACAGCUGCGCUUUGCUUCGCUGCUGCGCGCGGGGAUGUUGCUGAGGUCAAGAAGUUGGUGAACGGACACAGCCCGAACGCGGCAGACUAUGACUCGCGGACACCUCUCCACAUCGCAUCUUCCCGAGGUCAGGUGGAUGUCAUCAAGAUCCUGAUUGCUGCACGGCAAGAGAUCGACUGCGUGGACCAUUUCGGACGUACCCCUCUCAUGGAAGCUUGCCGGCAGCGGCAAAUGGCGGCUGCCAAAUUGCUCCACGAGAACGGGGCCAUGCUCGGCUUCGAGAAGGAUUUCGAGCCCCGGGUGAGCUCAGUGAUGUCCAUUGAUUCCGCAGACGUGCGGGAUUCGCAAGCCAGCUUGAAUUUGGAUUCCGAGCCAGCUCCGGAAGUCAUGGACAAGUUCGCAGAGGCUGCAGAGCUUUGUGCUGCGGCAAGUGACCCGCAGCAACUUUGGUUCCUGACUAGCCUGCUGAAGUUCCGUGCAGAUGCGAAUGCAGGAGACUACGAUCGCCGCACACCACUGCACUUGGCUUGUGCCUCUGGCAAUCAUGCGGCGGUGGAAGUGCUGAUUCAGGAGGAGUCCAUCAACAUGAGCUGCCGUGACAACUUCGGUCGCACCCCUCUGAUGGAGGCCGUCCGACAUGGCAACGAGAACUGCGCUCGUCUGCUCCAGACUCGCGGAGCGCACCACGGCUUCUGCGAAGACGGGAACACGGACGACUCCAACGUGACCCAUGCCGGCCAAGAGCUGUGCCAAGCAGCAUUCUCAGGGCAGAACUCUUACCUGAACAACCUGCUGCUUGGCCUGACGGUCUGGCAAGUUCGGGUUGGGACGGGGUUACGCAUCCCUCCGACUCUUCACAAGAUGUGA